UUGGUAUUGAUAAUAUUUAGAACUCUUUCCUGAUUCCUAUUUAGCUUUUCAGUCACAUUUCGUCAGACAAGCAGAUCAUAUCGGUAGUGUGAAAGUGGAAACACAAGUGCGUUUAUAUUAUUCAGCUCAGAUAUAGAACAAUGGGCGAUGUGAUACCUAUAUAGUGCGAUGCAAGUGUGAUAUAGUUGAAGCACGUACUUUUAACUGUUAAUCCAAAAUAUCGGUUUACAAAAAUCUGAAUACCAAACAUAUCAGCCAUGGUAAAGCAAUUGACGGAUAACCCACACGGGCAAUUUACGGCCGAAGACUACACGGUAUUUGUGGUGAUGCUGAGUGUUUCGGCUGCCAUCGGGAUCUACUUUGGUUUCUUUGAGGGCAAAAAGAACAAAACAACCGAGGAUUAUCUGCUCGGUGGACGAAACAUGAAAGUAUUUCCGAUAGCGGUGUCGCUCAUUGCAAGUCAACUGUCAGGCGUUUCUAUUAUGUCCGUACCGGCCGAAAUGUACUCGUAUGGAGCCCAGUACUGGAUAAUAGCGCCCACCAUGAUCGCAAUCGUGAUGAUCAUCAACUACAUCUUUGUCCCGGUGUUCUACAACAACCAGAUCACCAACUGCUAUCAGUAUCUGGAGGAUCGAUUCAGCCCAGCCGUGAAGAAAUUCGUCACGUUCACCUACGUGCUGAACAUAUACCUGAUUCUGCCAGUUUUCAUCUUCAUCCCGUCCUUGGCGUUCGCCCAGGUGACCGGUAUCAACAUUCAUCUGAUCAACGGAAUCGUAUGCUGCGUUUGUAUUUUCUAUACCAUGCUCGGCGGUAUCAAGGCUGUUGUGUGGACCGACGUAGUUCAGGGUAUGAUCAUGUUUGCUUCCUGCUUCUUGGUUGUUGCGAUCGGUGUCGUAAAGAUCGGCGGUUUCGGAGAAGUGUUUACGCGGGCGGCAACUGGCGAUCGUUUGAAUAUUUUCAACUUGACCUUUGAUGCAUCUACAAGACAAACUUUUUGGACUGCUAGUAUCGGAAAUGUGUUUCUGUGGACCGGUUAUUUGGGACUAAAUCAGAGUUGUGUUCAGCGCAUGGUAGCUGUGCCCAGCAUACGACAUGCACGCAGUGCACUAUGGAUUUUUUGCGCGGGAUUCAUCAUCAUUACCAGUUUGAACUGCUUCACGGGGAUUGUGAUUUUUGCAAAAUACUUUGACUGUGACCCGAUUAAGGUCAAUCUGGUGCAGAAGGCUGAUAAGCUAUUACCAUUCUACGUACAAGAUGUAGCCGGUAAUCUAAAGGGAAUGCCAGGGGUGUUCAUUUCUUGCGUAUUCAGUGCUGGUCUAAGUACCAUGUCAGCUAAUCUUAACUCUCUAGCCGGAAUCAUCUAUGAAGACUACAUUCGGCCAUUCAAGUUGUUUAAACACACCGAUUCGUCUGCCAACCGUACCAUGAAAAUAUUAAUCCUCUUCAGUGGUCUUUAUUGCAUCGUAAUGGGACUAGUAGUGGAGCAAUUCGGUCAUAUUUUGCAAAUGGUGGUUACAAUUGCCAGUGUAACGCAGGGUGCCGUAAUGGGAAUCUUUUGCUUAGGAAUGCUGUGGCCUUGGGCGAACAAACAUGGUGCGCUUUGGGGUUCGGCGGCCAGCGUGAUCGGAAUGUCAUGGAUCAUUACCGGAGCACAGUUUGCCAUAAGGAAUGGUGAUCUCAGCUAUCCUCCGAAACCAACCAGCGUAGAAGGUUGCGCCGAAUAUGGAUUCAAUGUGACGCAAUCGAUUCUAGUACAAACCUCCAGUACGAUGACGAGUGAUAGCGGGUUCUCGAUUUAUAAGAUGUCAUUUGUAUGGUACUCGACAGUUGGAACAUUUUUAGUAUUCCUUAUAGGAAUACCAGUCAGUUAUUUCACUGGGUCGCAGGAUCUAAGCCGAAUGCAUGCCAAAUUGAUUUCACCAUUGGUACACCGGUGGUUACCCAACGAAAUAACUAAGAACGAACUUGUCCUCAAAUCAAGUAAAGUGAAUUCCGAAGACAUACACAUUAAAGAAUGUGUUUUUGCAACAACAGAACAGCAGAAAAAUAAAGAUCUCGACAACUCAAACGGGCAUGUUUUAUAGAAAUAUGUUGUGCCAACAAUGUGCUUGUAGUAUCUAAUUUAGUGUCUUAAGCAUGGAUAUAAAUUUAUGUAUGGUUACAAUACCUAGAUAUUACGAUAAUGUUUAUUUUAAAAUAUGAAGAUGAAGACAUGUUUGAUUGAAUAUUACAUGAUUACUAAGUAAUAUUAUUUUUGUUUUAUAUGAACAAUAAAUAUUUAUUUUGUGGCAAAUUA